CCCGCUCCGGGGCUGCAGGCGCGAUGCACCCGGGCAAGUGACGGCGGGGACCCGCUCCGGUGCCCAGGGAUCAGAGAUGACCAAGACUUACGCCAAGCCCAAAGAGAUGGCGGAGCUCGUGAGCACCCAACCCUGGAUGGACGAAGCGUUGGGCUCCAAGGACGAGCUGAAGGCAGAGGGCAGCAGGCAAGGUCCUUUUGUAUUGAUGUCUGCCUUGAACGAAGAGCACAACAGCAUCGAGGAGGAAGAGGAGGAAGAGGACGAUGGGGAAAAGCCCAAGAGGAGAGGACCAAAGAAGAAGAAGAUGACCAAGGCGAGGUUGGAGCGGUUCAGGGCCCGAAGGGUGAAGGCCAACGCCCGGGAGCGCACGCGGAUGCACGGCCUCAAUGAUGCUCUUGACAACCUGAGGAGGGUGAUGCCCUGUUAUUCCAAGACCCAGAAGCUGUCCAAGAUCGAGACCCUGAGGCUGGCAAGGAAUUACAUCUGGGCUCUGUCCGAGGUGCUCGAGACGGGGCAGACUCCCGAAGGGAAGAGCUUUGUGGAGAUGCUCUGCAAGGGCUUGUCCCAGCCCACCAGUAACCUGGUGGCCGGGUGCCUGCAGCUGGGACCACAGACCCUGUUCCUGGAGAAGCACGAGGAGAAGGCCCCGCUGUGUGAAUCGGCCGUAUCCAGCCAUUCCUUCAGCUACCAGUCCCCAGGGCUCCCAAGCCCACCCUAUGGGACCAUGGAAACCCAUCUGCUGCAUUUAAAGCCCCCCGCCUUCAAGAGCUUGGUGGAUGCUUCCUUUGGAAACCAUCCCUCUGACUGCACCACUCCUCCCUAUGAGGGUCCCCUGACGCCGCCCCUGAGCAUCAGUGGGAACUUCUCCUUGAAGCAAGAUGGGUCUCCAGACCUGGAUAAAUCCUACACCUUCAUGGCCCAUUACCCCUCGGUCAGCCUGGCUGGAGCACAUGGACAUGCCUCCCACUUCCAAAGCACGAUGCCCCGCUACGAGAUCCCCAUAGACAUGGGCUACGAGUCCUACCCACACCACGUAGCUGCUCCCCAGCUCAAUGCCAUCUUCAAUGAGUAGCAAAGCAGAGGCAGACCCAAAUCCUUGCUGCAGAGGGAAGUUCGGCAUCGUCGUGGAGCUGGUUCUAGAAUGGACGCAACUGGGAGGUCACCGCUAUGGGGUGAGAGACUUGUGAGCAUCUCUGCAGGACGUGGAUGGGGAAGGCUUCAUGGUCCU